UUAGGAACGGAGGGAGUAAGAGCCUUCUUUUUUUUUGCUACACGAAAAUAGUGCAGUAGAGUAUAAGGAUUCAGCCUCCUCAAUUCAGUUGCUGCGUCAUAUGUGUUUGCUCGAAUCAAGGAGCGAUGCUUGUUUGUUUAAUCAGGGGCUGUUCAACAGUCACCAUCAUACCAAAGAUGCAGAGAGCCCAUUCAUCAUAAGUUAACAUUUCAUCAUGGCCGUCGGGCAAACUUUUUAUUGUUAAUUGGUGGUUGGAAUGAUUAAUUAUAGUACGAACCAUGCUUUUUCUUCGUUCUUGUCAUUUAGGCAGAGUGGUUGUGCCAUGUGCUGCCUCACUAAUUAAUGGUUACCAUCAUAUCAAGCAUGCAGAGAGCCCAUUCGUCAUAACCUUUUCAUCACGGCAGUCUGGCAAAUGUUUUGUUGUUAAUUGGGUGGUUGGAAUGAUUAAUUAGUCCGUAGUACUAGUACGAACCAUGAUUCGUCUGUUUUGUUGCUGUUUAGGCCGAGUGGUUGUGCCAUGUGCUGCCUCACUAUAACUUAUGGUUACCUGAUGCUUGAGUUAUAUCCAAUUCAAUCAAAUUGCUAGUGCCCCUCCAAGAAGAUAUGUCGACACCCAGCAUACUAAGCAAGGAAUAAUACUUGUUUGUUUAACUAGAGCCAGCCAUGUAGCUAAAUUACUUUUUUAUUAGGACUUAGGAUUCCAGCGCACAUCAGUUUGUAAUGAAGACCAAUAAAAAUGCCAACUUGACAUAAGGCUUGUAGCUGGAAUGGAUUCCCCUUAUUAAUCCACCGGCCCUUCUCAGCAGCUAGCUACACUCAUAUCUGCCAAUUAGCACCAACACCUCCAUAUCACAGCCAGGAAGCAAAGCCAUGGAGGCGACGGGGCUGAGCUUGGGGAAGGCUGCGCUAGGCGGCGCACUGGGCUAUGCCACAUCCAAGGCGGCGGAGGAAAUCGCCCUACAGCUCGGCGUUGAACGCGAUGUGAACUUCAUCAAAGAUGAGCUGCAAAUGAUGCAGUCAUUCCUGAUGACCGCUGACGAGGAGCAAAGCCAGAACAAGGUGCUCACCACCUGGGUGAAACAGGUCGGGGUUCUCGCCUACAAAGUGGAGGACAGCCUCAUGGAUUUUGGCCUCCACUCGGAGAAAAAGCCAAUAUUGGGGUGCAUCCCCCGCGACCUAGGGGAUCGGCGCCGCAUCUCCAAGGUGGUGAAGCAGCUGAGGGCUGAGGUGGAGGAUGUGAGCAACAGGAACCUGCGCUACCACCUCAUCAGGGAGAGCUCAGGCUCCAAGUCUACCGCGGCUGAGAAGCAGGCCAACAUUGCCACUGCGGCAAUGCUUGGCAUCAUCAAUGAAGCAAGGCUCUUCACCUUGGAGCCUAAAAAAUCAUCAGAGGUGGACCUCCACCAUCUGAUUACCAGCCACUAUGUGAACCUUAGAGUGAUCAUCGUGUGGGCAACUAGCGGUAAUCUCGGAGAGACGUUUGCCAUCCAAGAGGUUUAUGAUGACCCGUUGGUACUAAAAAGCUUUGGAUUAUGUGCUUGGAUUAGGUUGACGCAUCCUUUCAACCCGCAAGAGUUCCUCAGGAGUUUGGUAAGUCAGUUUUAUGAAAAUUCCCAUGAUGAGGUUGGAAAGGUAGAGCAAGAAACAGGUGUUCUGGCUAACAUUGAGAAGAUGGAUCAAAGAGAUUUAGUCCAUAUGCUUAAAGCGCAGUUAUGUAGCAAUAGCUACCUGGUUGUCAUAAAUGACCUGUCCACAAUAGAAGAGUGGCAUUGCAUUAAAAAGUAUUUUCCUGACAAUAAGAAACAAAGUAGAAUCAUCGUUUCCACGCAGCAAGUUGAAAUUGCACGAUUGUGCACAGAGAAACCAUUCCAAGUUUCGGAGUUCAAGCCAUUGUCAUGUGAUCAAACUAUUUAUUUGUUUCACAAGAAGAAUUCAGAGGAGCAGGUCAGCAUAGGCAGUAUUAAUGUGGAAAUGGUUGACACCAACAAAGCAAGACUUGCUGCUGUGGAGAAGGAGAAACUGAAGGCUACGUGUGCACCAUGUUCUGCCGAGCCUGUUCCCGAGUCAAACAACGUUACUAAUGCUGAGAAAAACACAUCAAUGCCCACCGAUGAAAUACAGGUGGAAAACCAAGAACCGAAUAGCGCAGGUGAAGACAAAGCUUGCAACUCAACUGCUAGAAAGAAGUUUGAUCGCAGCAGGACACUGGCACUGGCUGAUGAAGUGAUCUGUGGGCGAGAGACAGAGAAAUCUAUUCUUAUCAAAUUAGUUGGCCAACCAGACAAUGAUCAAGGCUGUAAGGUGAUCUCAGUUUGGGGAAUGGGGGGUCUUGGAAAAACCACUCUUGUCCGAAGCAUCUACCGAAGCCAGCAGCUUGGUGGUUGGAAGUGUGCUUGGGCCACUGCAAUGCGUCCUUUUAAUCCUGAGGUACUCCUUAGGGAUUUGGCUUUGCAGUUUCAGAUUACUAUUCAAGAAAAUCCUGCUGGAUCAACAUCAACUGGAGUGCAAAAGAUGAAACUUCAAGGGUUAAAUGAUGAGCUAGCUCGGGUACUAAAAAGAAAGAAGUGUCUUGUUGUUAUUGACGAUAUAUGGUCCAUUUCUGAAUGGGAUUCUAUCAAACAGUGUUUACAUAAUGCUGGAAGGAUAAUAGUCACGACAAGAGAAAAAAACAUUGCCAAACAUUGUUCAAUAGUAGACAAGAACAUGUACUGUCUUGAAGGUCUGAAAGAUGAUGACGCACUUGAUCUCCUCAUAAAGAAGGUAUUCAAGAACAAUGUUGAAAAUAAUAAUAUAUUCCCAGCUAUGAUAGAGCAAGCAAGACUUGUCCUACAGAAAUGUGGUGGACUUCCCCUUGCAAUAUCGACCAUCGGAGGGUUCCUAGCCACCAAGCCAAAAACUGCUACCGAAUGGAAGAAGAUGAGUGAUGGUAUUAACGCAGAAUUGGAAAUAAAUCCUGAACUUAGGGCAAUAAAGACAAUUCUUAUGAGGAGCUACAAUGGUUUGCCAUACCAUCUCAAGUCUGUUUUCUUAUACCUGUCAAUAUUUCCAGAAGACUAUAGAAUUAGGUGGGGUCGCUUGGUGAGGCGGUGGAUUGCAGAGGGUUACUCAAGGGAUAUGCAUGGCAUGACUGCAACUGAAGUUUCUCGGAGGUACUUUGAUGAGCUCUUAGAUAGGAGUAUGAUCCUGCCAGGGGAAGGGAUAAACCUAUACAGUCAGAAAAUCAAUUAUUGCCAACUUCAUGAUAUGAUGCGUGAAAUAUGCAUCUCGAAGGCUAGGGAGGAAAACCUUGUUUUAACGCUGGAGGAAGGAUGUUGUUUGAGUGACACACAAGGUGCAAUACGUCAUCUUGUCAUAGGCAGCAACUGGCAGGGGGAUAAAGAUGUGGUGGAGAGCAAGCUUGACUUGUCACACGUACGGUCAUUGACUGUGUUCGGGGAGUGGAGAUCGUUUUUCAUCUCCCACAAUAUGAGGUUCCUCCGAGUUCUUGACUUAGAAGACACACCAGGGUUAGAAGAUCAUCAUCUUGAUCAAAUUGGGCAGCUCCGUCACCUCAAGUACCUUUCUCUUCGAGGGUGUUUGAACAUUUCAUGCCUGCCUAAUUCUUUGUGGAAUUUGCGGGACCUUGAAACACUGGAUGUUCGAGGUACAUAUGUAGAUGAGUUGCCAACAACAAUCACCAACCUUCAGAAGCUACAGCACCUCCGCGGAGAUGGUUUUUUCAUGAGUGUACAGGUUUUAGAUGCUUGUUUGAACAGGCGUGAUAUAUUCAACCUAUACCGCUUCUCUAAGGAGCGUCCAGAAAAUGUUGUAAUUUGUAGAGGGAUUGGUAAAUUGAAGGCCCUUCACACACUAGAUUAUGUCGAUGUUUCUUGUGGCAAUGGAAAGGCCACCCUAAAAGAGCUUGGGGAGCUAACUCAGCUGCGUAAGCUUAAAGUAUGUGGUAUCAGUGGCGAAAAUAGCAAUGAGUUAUGGUCUGCCAUUGCUGGUCACAAUCAACUUCAAUCUUUGACAGUUAAAGCAGUUGACGUCUUGAAAGAGGGGUAUGAGUUAGAUGAUUGUUUGGGUGAGGGUUUGUUGCCACCAAGCAGUCUUGAGAGCCUCACUCUGAAAGGUGUGCUUGUCAAUGCAAAAGAAUGGAUCGGUAAGCUUAAUAACCUCUCCAAGUUGGUGCUAUUGUAUUGCAGAUUGAAGCAAGAAGAUGAUGUCAUACAUGCCCUUGGGUUUCUACCAAAUCUUACAGUUCUUCGCCUGAAGUGGAGUUCGUUUGUGGGGACACAGCUCCAUUUUCAGAGAUCAUCUUUCCCAAGUCUCGUGGUGCUGGAGCUCCGUGCCUUACACUACCUUCAGUCAGUGUUGUUUGAAGAAGACACAAUGCCUAAGCUCGAGCUGCUACAGGUUGUUGGGUGCGAAGAGCUGAAAGUAUUCUCCGGGAUGUCAACCCUCACAAGCCUCAAGGAAAUUCAGUUGGGUCAACGUGUCACUGAAAAUUGGUUGAGUCAUCGUGUCAGUGAAAAGUUGAAGGAAGAGGUGCAGAGGCAGGCAGCGAAGCAUAUGAACAACGUCAGAGUGAAUAUUGAGUAUUGACUAAACUUUGUGUAUGUGUGUGUGUAUCUCACGGCAUCUUUCCUGGUGUACGUACUUGCUGCUCUAUGUUGUAGCUUCUUUUUCCUUUGAGCGAACAGGCAGAUUUUAUUUUUAGAGCUUUAGUACUCCCUCCGUCCCAAAAUAAGUGACUCAACUUUGUACUAGCUUUAGUAAAGCUAGUACAAAGCUGAGUCACUUAUUUUGGGAAACAAAGCCGAGUCACUUAUUUUGGGACGGAAGGAGUACUAUUCAUUCAUUGUUUUCCAUUGUAGUAUCAUCGCAUAUUUGACUGGCGGGGUAAAAAGCAUCAUCGGAUUUGAUGCAACACCAUUACACCAUCACAUUGCAGCUUGAAUUGGAUGCUAGUUUUUACUCUA